CUUGUUGCCUCGAUGUGUGAAAGACUUCAGGGUGGCAAAUGUGGAAGCAGGCACCUCAGUGGGAAGUUUGUUGCUGUAAGCUGGGAGAUGGUGUGGUGGACCAGGAUGGGAGCCGCGGAUGUGCUGACAGUUUUACAUGCUUUUGAAGACAGAACCAACAGAUUGUAUGUGGGUUUCAGUCCCCGUGGGGGUGGCUUUGGCGGCCGAGGGGGCUUUGGUGACCGUGGCGGUCGUGGAGGCCGAGGGGGCUAUGGCGGGGGCCGAGGUCGAGGCGGAGGCUUUAGGGGUCGUGGACGAGGAGGAGGCGGCGGCGGUGGCGGUGGCGGCGGCGGCGGUGGUGGCGGCGGAGGAAGAGGAAGAGGUGGUGGAGGCUACCAUUCUGGUGGCAACCGGGGUCGUGGUCGGGGAGGAAAAAAAGGAAACCAGUCAGGGAAGAACGUGAUGGUAGAGCCUCAUCGGCAUGAGGGUGUCUUCAUUUGUCGAGGAAAGGAAGAUGCACUGGUCACCAAGAACCUGGUCCCUGGGGAAUCAGUUUAUGGAGAGAAGAGAGUCUCGAUUCCGGAAGGAGAUGACAAAGUCGAGUACAGAGCCUGGAACCCAUUCCGCUCCAAGCUGGCAGCAGCAAUCCUGGGUGGUGUGGACCAGAUCCACAUCAAACCGGGGGCCAAGGUGCUCUACCUCGGGGCUGCCUCGGGCACCACUGUCUCCCAUGUCUCUGACAUCGUCGGUCCGGAUGGUCUAGUCUAUGCAGUUGAGUUCUCCCACCGCUCUGGCCGUGACCUCAUUAACUUGGCCAAGAAGAGGACCAACAUUAUUCCUGUGAUUGAGGAUGCUCGGCACCCGCACAAAUACCGCAUGCUCAUCGCAAUGGUGGAUGUGAUCUUUGCCGAUGUGGCCCAGCCAGACCAGACCCGGAUUGUGGCCCUGAAUGCCCACACCUUCCUGCGUAAUGGAGGACACUUUGUGAUUUCCAUUAAGGCCAACUGCAUUGACUCUACAGCCUCAGCCGAGGCUGUGUUUGCCUCCGAAGUGAAAAAGAUGCAACAGGAGAAUAUGAAGCCACAGGAGCAGCUGACCCUCGAGCCAUAUGAAAGAGACCACGCCGUGGUCGUGGGAGUGUACAGGCCACCCCCCAAGGUGAAGAACUGAAGUUCAGCGCUGUCUGGAUUGCGAGAGAUGUGUGUUGAUACUGUUGCACGUGUGUUUUUCUAUUAAAAGACUCAUCCGUCUC